AUGAAGUUACUCAACUUGUGCUUUUUGCUGUCUUCGUUACUAGCACUAACACUUGCCGAAGCGUAUCAUGACGGAGGAUCCUGUGGAACCAAUUCGAUCCCUUACAAAAUGGAAGUUGAUAGUGAAGGAAAACCAGUUAUAUCUUGUGAAGCACCAUCAUGUUUCGGUAUUUCAUCGUCUCCGUCAAGUCGCCCAAGAGAAUUGUCUGUGAGCUGUGAUCCAUUCAAAGAAGUUGUAUGUGUGGAUGAACUUCAAUGGACUUCGGGACUUGUUGAAAUAAACAAUGGAACUCAUAGAACGUUGAAAACUGAAUGUUGUUCUUAUGAAGGAAUGACAACAGCCAAAAACGUAAAAAGCAUUUUCCUCGGUCCCGGACAAUCGUACGUUGGUGGUUUGGUUGAGAAAGAUGGCGAAGAAUCUGGAUUUGAUCUUAUCAAGGAGAUCAGAAAAACUGUGAAUGCAGACAAUCAAGUUCAAUACAUUGUCGGAGUGUACCGUAUGGCCUGCAAUGCCCCAUCUGACUCUAGCGAGGAACUACCAGUGCUUUCUAGAAACAAAAGAAAGCUUCGUGAGAGAAAAUACGAUGACUAUGAAGAAGACAGACGUUACCGUGUAGGAAGAAGACGUCCAUUCGCCAUGAGAAGACGUGCUCUUCUCCAGAGACUUGAAGAUUACUAUGAUGAUUAUGAUUAUGAUUACAAAAUUGUCAGAAGACCUUUCAGAAAAAGCCGCCUCCCAUACAACGAGAAUGCAUUGUGGCCUCUUCAGUACUCCGCUCCUCAACGUCACCGAACAUUUGCUGAGAACACCUACAAUGAGAAAUCAGUAGAAUCCGGUCCACUUCCUCCACCACCAAGCUCCAACUACAUUGACUCGCAGAAUAUUGCGCCAGCAUCGUCUGUUGUUCAAUCGCCGGCCUACCCAGCAAAUUCUCAAAUGCCACAACCACCACCAUCGGACUCUUAUACCGGAACUUAUCAACAACAGAACACGUACAGCAGUUAUCCAUCUGUCGAUCAGUACGCUGCAUAUCCUUCCGUGCAACAACCUGCCUACCAGCAAGUUUACCAACCAGCUUUUCAACCAGCAUACCAACCAUCCUACAGUCCAUCUUCAUAUUCUGGUUACUCGCCAAACUUGAACGGCUUCUUCACAAAAAUGCAAUGCUUCUCUGGUGACAUGGAAGUUGAAACCGAAGACGGGAUCAAAUUAAUCAAGGACUUGAAAAUCGGAGACAAAGUACUCAGUAUGGAUGAAGCAUUUGUGACCUAUUCCCCAGUUAUCAUGUUUUUACACAAACGGGAUGAAGAACUGGCCGAAUUCAACCUCAUCGAAACUUCGAAUGGUCAUUCCAUCAAGCUGACUGAUAAUCAUUUGAUCUACGUAUCUGAUUGCAACGCUAAAUCUGAUCUGAAAUUGGUUGCCGCGAAGGAGGUCAAAACAGAUGACUGCAUUCACGUCACUAAUGAGAACAACAUUGUCAUCAAGAAAAAAGUGUCCAGCAUUAGUAAAGUUAUUGGAACAGGAAUCUAUUCUCCACUUACCACCACCGGAGAUAUCAUUGUCAACCGAGUUCUCGCUUCAUGCCACUCCAACUUGGCUUUGAAAUCUCUGCAACAAACUUUCUUCUCCCUUUACAAACGUACAUCCAGCGUCUUCAACAGUUUGUCGUACUUCAAUUCAGUUCAAGAGGAAGGACACCUUCCAGUCGGAGUUGAAACUUUGACUAGUGUCAUGGACUUGUUCAUUCCUCAAUCAUUUGUUUAG